AUGAUCACAGCCCACGACUUUCCAAGCGCCCAUGUUGCCGAUGCCGCGGGAAUGGACGUUGUACUGGUUGGCGACAGCCUGGCCAUGGUGGCCCUCGGCAUGGAGGACACGAGUGAAGUGUUGCUGGAAGAGAUGUUGCUUCACUGCCGCUCCGUUGCCCGGGCUGUGAAGUCUGCCUUCACGAUUGGCGACUUGCCCAUGGGAUCGUAUGAGAUUGCGCCGGCGCAGGCGUUGGAGACGGCGAUCCGCUUCAUUAAGGAGGGUCGCAUGCAGGCCAUCAAGUUGGAGGGCGGAAAAGAGAUGGCCCCCACAAUCGAGAAGAUCACCACGGCGGGUAUCCCCGUGCUCGGUCAUGUCGGGCUGACCCCGCAGCGACAGCACGCUUUUGGCGGCUUCCGCGUGCAGGGUAAGACAGCAGCGAGCGCAAUGCAAGUGCUCGAAGAUGCCCUGGCUGUCCAAAAGGCAGGGUGUUUUGCUGUUGUCCUGGAGGCCGUGCCAGCGGAGGUGGCCAGUAUUAUCACGAAAAAGCUAUCGAUUCCCACUAUAGGGAUAGGUGCCGGUAACGGCUGUUCCGGCCAAGUCCUGGUACAGGUCGAUAUGACGGGCAACUUUCCUCCGGGCAGGCACUUGCCCAAGUUCGUCAAAAAGUAUGGCGACGUCUGGUCCGAGAGCUUCCGGGCCAUAGAGACAUACCGCGACGAGGUCAAGAGCCGGGCAUACCCCGCGCCAGAGCAUACGUAUCCGAUUGCGGAGGAGGAGCUGAAGGGGUUCGAGGAAGCGGUCAAGGAGUUGUAG